UAUAAAUGUAUGUGAGUAAUAUGCGUACUGAGUAUGUCGAUUAAAGUCGUAAUAAUUCGUCAAAGUUCGUAAAAUUAAUUUCAUUGGUCACCGCAUGAUGUUAUCGCAAUCUCUCAACUCGCUGAUGAUGUUUUAACCUAAAAAAUGGUGGGGAAUGGACUUAAUAUAAUAACUUUUUAGUGGCUCAUUACAAUUUUAAACUGACGAUUUAUCUCUCACUAAUCACGAAAAUUUUUACUUCUGAUUGUCAUUCAUAAACUUGGACACGUACGUGGCGGUAAGACGAUCAAAUUCCCGCUAAUUUUUCUUUUAAUUUUACUGUUGAAAAAUGUGCUGACGAAGUUUAUUUUUGAACUUAAUUUUAUUUGCGCCUUGUGUUAAGUAAGUUUUGCUGCUGCUGAUAAUUGAUAUUAUUAAAAUGGCUGGUACGUAUAAACAGAGAGAUUUUAGAGCUGGAAUUGAAGACCAGAGUCUUAUCAAUGAAUUGACUGCACGAAAAAUAGUAGUAAGGGAACCAGUUAGACUAUCUCCUGGUUGGGAAGGCACAGAUAAACCAGACGACGAGUUAAAUUUUCGAAGUCUGACAAUGGACCAAGUUGACCUGGAAUUAAAUCCUCCGAAGGAUAGACUUAAUAUAGUAUUUAUUAUAAUGAUACUUCAUGGAAUUGGAACCCUUAUGCCUUGGAAUAUGUUUAUCACUGCUAGGAAUUACUUUGAAAAAUAUAAAUUUUCAACAAAUUACACGGGUGUUAAUACAACAUAUGGAGGAAAUUAUGUAUCUAGUGUUAGCUUUGCAGCCCAAGUUCCCAAUGUUAUUUUUAACUGGAUUAAUAUUUUUAUGCCCCUAGGGGGAGAUUUGACCACUAGAAUUGUAUGGGGAAUUUUUAUGCAAGUACUAAUAUUUGUUGAAACAAUUGUAAUGGCUAUGCUUGAUACAUCCGGUUGGCCAGGAGUUUUCUUUUGGAUUACCAUGUUUUCAGUUGUUGUUUUAAAUACUUUCAAUGGUAUUUAUCAGAACUCAGUGUAUGGUAUGGCAGCAAAAUUACCUGGAAAAUAUACCGGUGCUGUUGUAUUGGGAUCUAAUAUUAGUGGAACCUUUACGGCAGUAAUUGAUCUUAUCUCUAUAUUGGCGACGCCAAACCUCAGAACUGCAGCUAUUUACUACUUUCUGACGGCACUUUUUGUUCUAUUGGCGUGUUUCGAUACUUAUUUUGCGUUACCGAUCAAUAGAUUUUAUAGAUACCAUGAAAUGUUGUUUCAAAAAGAGAAACAAAAAAGAGAGUUAGAAACAAAAUCAAAAAUUCAUGGGAAAACGCCAUACUGGACUAUAUUCAAGCAAUGUUUUCCACAAUUGUUUAAUAUAUUUUUCAUUUUCUUCAUUACUUUGAGUCUGUUUCCGGCAGUUCAUUCUAGUAUUCAAAAAUCAGAUCCAAAGUUUUUAGUAGACGAUAAAAUUUACAUGAGUGUCAUGUGUUUUAUGACCUUCAAUAUAACUGCUAUGAUUGGUAGCUCCGUCGCUUCUUAUGUGCAAUGGCCAAAGAAAGAGUGGCUAGUAGUUCCAGUUGUAAUGCGCGUAUUGUUUAUCCCCCUAUUUUUAUCAUGUAAUUAUCAGCCACCAAAAGAAUUCGUCAGAACUUUACCAGUCUACAUAGACAACGACUGGAUUUAUUUCGUAAUCGCAGUAAUAAUGGGCCUCAGCAGCGGUUAUCUUUCGUCUCUCGGUAUGAUGUACUGCCCAUCAAUGGUCGAUUCUCGAUAUGCAUCUACUGCGGGAAUGUUUGCCGCCGCGUUUCUCAUCACUGGAAUUUUUACUGGUGUUCUUUUCGCCAUGGCCAUGCCGUCAGUAGUAUCUCUGUCUUUGUGGGGAUGAUUGAAAGUUCUUUACACUUUUGUAUUGAAAUUAAUACUCACUAGAUUUGCUGAUGGAUGACUGAAGUAAGAAAUUUAAUGAGUAAUCAUGACAGUACACGGUGUUCAUAUAAUAAUAUUAAUAAUAAUUAACUACAUUAUUUUAUUUUAUAUCAAUAAUUCAUUUCAAUGGCAUUCAUUGUGUUAUUAUAUACUGUAAUAAUUAUUUAGUAAUCGACACAUUGACCCUUUGAUUUAUUUUUUUUUUAUUUUUUCAGUAAAUAUUCAUAUACUUUUGUUUUAUUUUUAAUUAUAGAAAUUUUUAUAUUUAUAAAAAUAUUUAGAGAAAAAUCAAAGGGUCAGUAAUUAAUUAAUUUUAAUAAUUGUAUACUGAAUUGACUUUGAAAAAUCAAUGAAAUGAUAAAAAGCUCAGUAGUUUUAGUGCAAAAAAAAUUACAAGGUUCGUUUUCAGCAAAAAUCUUUUGUCUGAAUUUACCAAAAUGCCUUUUUAAAAUACCGUUUAUAUUAAAAUGGCUUAGUAAUAAUAUUAUUUACUUGCCAUACGGUUAAUUAUGCCACCGUUACAACACAUUUUAUCGGACCAAUAAGCCUUAAGUAAAUACUGAGUACUCUUUAUAAAUUAAACUAAAGCCGCUUUAAAUUCAAGCACACGCUUUUUUAAUAAUUGUAAUUAAACAUUUUUUAUCUAAUCAAUUUUUUUAUGUAAACAUUAAUGAGAAAAAAGGCUACAAUUAUUUUAAGUUAAUUUUUUUUUAUCUACGAUCAUAUGAAUAAUUUUUAUUUAACAUUAAUUUAAAUACGUUUACGUAAUUAAAUGCAAAUAUUCAAUGUUAUACAGUAAUUAUGAUAUAAACUUUUUUUAUCAAUAUAAUUAUUAAUUUAUUGUUAAUUAAAUAUUAAAGAUGUAUUUUUUCUAUAUAAAAAAAAAAAGUGUUGAGCAAUUGAAGACUUAAUCAAGUAAUCAAAAUGAUUUUUAUACUUUUUUUUAUUGUCAUUACGAUUAAACUCGCAGAUUAUUGAGGUUUCAAAUAAAUUCAAAUGCUGACUCAUACUUUUAUUAUAAUUAAUUUUAAAUUUUAAAAAUAAAUUUAUUGAUAAUGUACAAAGGAUUUUCUCUGAUGGAAAUCUUAUUUAAAUAGAUACUUUUUUUAUAUUAUUGAGUAGCUUUUACAUACAUACACAUAUAUUUAUUAUUUAAUACGUAUAUUUAUAUGUAUUUUUAUUUAUACAAGUUAAUUAAUUUUAGUAAUUAAUUAUAUUUAUAUAUUUUACGUGACAAAAUAUGUGUUGAGGACAUUCUCAGACAGUGUCCUCACUUUUUAAAAAUAUUCAAUGACAGCUGUCAUAACUGUGUAAAAAUUUUGAUUAAUAAUUAAAACAAGUUAACGUGAUUACAAUUUUGCCAAGAUGUAGAUUUGAAAAAAAAAAAUGAUAGUUGUUAUCAAUUAGACGUCAAACAAUACUUGGUAAUUUAAUUUUACCCACAAAAUUUGACUUUUGAAUUAAAGACAUGAAAAUUUUCCCUUAUGAGUGACAUUUACUUCAAAGGGAAUUUAUUUUAUUAUUAAAACUCUGAAUCGGGGUAAAUGCAGAUUUAAAUAAAAUCUAGACUCCGAAAUCACUCCGUUAAAAAAACAAACUCCGAAUUUACUCCACGUAUGGAGUAAUUUUUUUUAAAACUCCGGAACUCCAAGUGAAUUUACAUUUGAAUAAAAUCCGUGGUCACUUCGAAUUUACUCCUGAUUUUUUCGAGUCUUAGAUCAUUGAAUAUUUAAAAAAAAUGGAAAGAAGGGGGUACUGUCUAAGAAUUUCUUGAAUUGAACAAAAGACGUAGUUAAAAUUUUGCCGGGAAAUAUAUUUUUUAAAAAAUUACUUACACUCAUUAUCAUUUAAAAAUUAAACAAAAAUUGGUUGUUAAAUUUUAGCCCAAAUUCGAAUUUUGAAUGCAACUGACAUUAAAAUUUUACUGAAAUUUAUUUUCCAAAUUUUGGUAGCUCCCAAUUGAUAACAAUUGUAAGUAAUUUUUAAAAAAAUUUACGUUUCGGCGAAAUCUGACUUAGAGAAAAAUUUAGCUGUUGAAAUAUAAUACAAAAUUUUAUCUAAUUCUUGCCACAAAAAAACUUCCAUAAAUCUAUCACAUUUAAAUACAUAAAUAUAUAUAUUACUCUAAAUCUUUUUUAAAAAUUACUCUUACUAUUACAUAUCUAUGACUCUUUAAAUAUGCUACAUAAAUACAACAUAUAUACUUGUUGAUAAUUAAUAAUUAAAGUCACAAUAUAAGUCCGAAUUUAUCUAGUAUCAUUGGACAAUCCUCGUAACAAGCAAUGCCGACAAUAAUUAAUAAAAUUCAUGUAAUGAUUCACUAAUUUAAAAAAAACUUGUUAACCCUUUAUACGAUAGAUAGGAUAUUUUUGUAACAACCCAUUUGUGAAUAUUUUCAUUUAAAUAAUUAUCUUUCGCAUGUUAUAUAAUAAUUAAAGUAAAUUGAAGUUACUAGAUGUCUGUUAAGAAAUAAUUAAUAAAAUAAUUACAAGUCUUUGUAGUGAAAAAAACCCAUAUAACUUGGUCACAAUUUAAACAAAUUAUUGUUGAAAUAAAUCGAUGUCACAAUUCAUUAUUACAGUAAAUAUUUAAUAGAAUUACAUUACCGUAAAUAUUUAGUGUUUUAAAAAUCUACAUGGAAAAAAAUGAACUGGGAUAGAGGUACAGUUUUUGAUGACUUCAAGGCCAGUAUUGGACACUUAGAAAAUUUUGAUAAAAUAAUUUGUAAUGUACGCAAUGACAUAAUUAAUUUUUUAAUUCGUUAAAUAUUUUAAUUACUGUAUUAGAAUAAAUUUUUUUUAACUUGCUCAUUAAUUAAAAUAAAUUAUUAAAUGUCAAAAAUGGAGAGUGGUCACAAAUGCUACUUCUACCCUACAUAAAUUGAGAAUUGACAAGUAAUAUGAUGAUAAAGUUAUCAGUAAAUUCUAUCAUUAUAAACAGUGAUUUUUUAAUUUAUAUUUUAAACAUAAAUAAUUAUAUGAUAAAUAUUAAAAUUUUCUAUGCACGAAAAAAUUAAUAUUUGAAAUUUAAAAAUCGUAACGAACUUAAAAAAUUAAUGGCGUAUUAUAAAAUUUGUUUGAAAUUAAAAAUUUCCUGUAUUGACACCCAGGUUCUGGGUUAUAAUUUUUAAACUUUCUUUUUUUCUGUGUAUGAUUUUAUCCCAGAUAAAUAUUAAAAAAAAAUCACUCAAUG